CAUCUCUUUCGUCCAUACGCCCCCUCCUCCCCCUUCCUCCAACUAUUUAUAAUCCCAUCUAUAUCGUUCUUUCGAGUUUGGACUUGGUUCCAAACCAGACAAACAAACCACCUCAUUAACCCCUUCCUUCAUUCCUUAGCCCUUUCGUAAUAAUAGUGAAAUGCUCGACACAGUAAAAUACCUUCUCGGUUCGGUCGGCCCCAGCGGCUUCGGCUCCAAGUCGACGACGGAGCAGGUCACCGAAGCCUGUCCCGAUCUCCGCUCCAUUACCGCUAUUAUCACAGGCGCCACCUCUGGGAUCGGAGCUGAGACGGCACGGGUUUUAGCGAAACGUGGUGUCAGGCUUGUUCUCCCAGCUCGUAGCCUGAAAGCCGCCGAGGAAGCCAAGGCUCGUAUUCUGGCUGAGUUUCCCGAGUCUCGAAUCUUCGUCAUGGCUCUCGAUCUCAGCUCUCUUUCUUCCGUUCGAACCUUCGUUUCCGAGUUUGAAUCUCUUGACUUGCCUCUUAAUCUGCUCAUAAACAACGCCGGGAAAUUCUCCCACGAACAUGCAGUCACCGAAGAUGGAAUCGAGAUGACAUUUGCCACUAACUAUUUGGGUCACUUUCUGUUGACUAAAAUGCUACUAAAGAAGAUGAUUGAGACGGCAGAAGUUACAGGCAUUCAAGGCCGAAUAGUAAACGUGUCGUCGACGGUCCACAGCUGGUUUUCCGGUGAUGCAAUCCGUUAUCUGGAAAUUAUCACCAGAAAGAAAAGCCACUACGAUGCCACACGUGCCUAUGCUCUCUCGAAGCUCGCCAACGUUCUCCACACCAAGGAACUGGCACUCAGAUUAAAGAAAAUGGAGGCAAAUGUUACUGUGAAUUGCGUUCAUCCGGGGAUAGUAAGAACAAGAUUAACCAGAGAUCGGGAAGGCCUCGUUACAGAUCUGGUGUUCUUCUUGGCUUCGAAGCUCUUGAAAACGAUUCCUCAGGCUGCUGCGACAACUUGCUACGUGGCCACUCAUCCAAGACUGGUAGAUGUCUCAGGCAGGUACUUCAUAGAUUGUAACGAAGCUAAAAGCUCAAAACUGGGGUCGAACGCGCACGAAGCUGCAAGGCUAUGGUCCGCCUCCGAAGACAUGACCGCCGAGAGAUUUAAAACCAAUUUUUGAACCAACCGGAACCGAUCUACCGAAUGUGACUAGCCCAAUCGGAACCGAGAGGGUCUCUAUAUAAGUUUAAUGAUCAGGUGCUUAGGGCAUGCAUCGGAGUUAAGACUGUUGAGCGUGUACGCCGUCUAAGUACACAUAAAUGAGAUGAUUAGUUAACUAAUCAGCUUUAGAUACAAGUGAAGAGGUUAAUAUAUAAUAAUUAUAUAUCGAUGUAUACAAAUAGGAAAGCUGAUGGAAGCCCUUGUUCAAGGCUAGCGGUACCUAUCUUAAUCUUACUGUACUAAUUAUUCAUUAGUAUGUAAUUAGGGACAUUAGAAAUAUAAAUGGGCAUUUGUUAAUCUUGUAGAGUUGA